CUCUGCUGCUCGCAUGUGCGCCAAACACACUCUCCUUCCUCAGAAAGAGAACUUGAGGGAUCCCUCUGUUCACCACGGCUGACACUCCAGGGCCCAGCACCACCAUCAGCACCUCAUCAUCAGCACAGCACAAAGGGAUCAGACUCUGCGGAUCAUCAUUCAUUCCUGAUAAACAGCUGAUCUGACCCUGUGGUCCACUGGGCCGGAGCAGAGCAGCACCAGGUGUUGGAACGGCCAUGUGUGUUCACUCUAAACAUAGGUAGUGACAUGACUCAGGUCUGACCCUGGAGAUGCCGAAGAGACGAGACAUCGUCGCCAUCGUGUUGAUUGUGUUGCCGUGGACGCUGCUCAUCACCGUUUGGCACCAGAGCACCAUCACUCCUCUGCUCACUGCUCGAAAGGAUGACAGACGUGAUGGUCACUCCAACUCCAGGAACACCUUCGCUUUCAAGGACUCCUGCUCCCUACAGAACCGGGACAUCGUGGAGGUCGUGCGCACUGAGUACGUCUACAGCCGGCCCCCGCCCUGGUCCGACGUCCUGCCCACCAUCCACAUCAUCACUCCCACCUACAGCCGCCCGGUGCAGAAGGCAGAGCUGACACGUCUGGCCAACACUCUGCUCCAUGUGUCCAACCUGCACUGGAUCCUGGUGGAGGACUCCCAGAGGAGGACCACUCUGGUCAGCCGCCUGCUCCAGGACACAGGGCUCAACUACACCCACCUCAACGUGGAGACACCCAGGAACUACAAGGUACGGGGAGACACCCGGGACCCGAGAAUACCACGAGGCACCAUACAGAGGAACCUGGCCCUGCGGUGGCUCCGAGAGACCUUCAGUGUAAACAGCAGCCAGCCGGGGAUCGUCUACUUUGCAGAUGACGACAACACGUACAGUCUGGAGCUGUUUGAGGAGAUGCGUUCCACUAAACGAGUGUCGGUGUGGCCCGUGGCCUUUGUGGGUGGCCUACGCUAUGAGUCCCCUAAAGUGAACACCUUGGGCAAGGUGUACGGCUGGAAGACUGUGUUCGACCCACACCGGCCCUUUGCUAUCGACAUGGCUGGCUUUGCAGUGAACCUGCGCCUCAUUCUGUCCAAACCUCAGGCUUAUUUCAAGCUACGUGGGGUGAAGGGAGGAUACCAGGAGAGCAGCUUGUUGAAGGAGCUGGUCACUCUGAGUGACUUGGAGCCUAAAGCUGCUAACUGCACCAAGGUAUUAGUAUGGCACACACGGACGGAGAAGCCUGUGCUGGUAAAUGAGGGCAAGAAAGGAUUUACAGACUCCAACGUAGAGAUAUGACAUACUUCAUCUGACACAGGAGGAGUUUCUUGACUGGAUUCUUCCUGGAUUUAAAUCAACCUCGGAGCUUCUCAAAGCAAAGGAAAUAUUACCAUAGCUUAGAAAUGGAGGCACACUGUCCACUCCAUGAAGCCAUGUGCGUGCACCGACCACCGACCAGUACAAAAGCACAACUGCACAGAAACAACGUGGCCGGUUCUGCCCGGAGCGCUGGCCCACACUCGCAGGAGCUGCCAAAAGGAGCUUGCCCACUGAGGUCUCCUCGGAGAGCCGAGACAAAGGAUGUUACGCGACUUAAACUGCAGGAAGAGAUGGUACGGCAAGCAAUAAAGAGCCCUGUCAGCGCAGACAACACCAGCCAGCCAUCCAAUCAGCAUUAAGUAGGGCCCUUUUGUUCUGAGGCACGCUGGCUGUCGGGCACAAGGCUGCACAGAGGAAUAAAAGAAGUCCUUGUUUGAAGUGAGUCAGCACUGACUGACAGACAGCACUGAUGGGAUCUGAGCCCUCCCCACUCGUACUGUACAACACUGAGCUAUUUAGAUAGCACCCUGAACCCAGCACUAAUUAGGAGUCCUGUUACUCCUCAACACACAUUCACACACACUCAGCUGUCACGCUGCACAGAGACACACAAAACACAGAGCAGCCAUUUAUUAUAGCGUAACAGCAACGUCCUCCCUCACACUCAUUCACUGCAGCUCUGCUUUAGUCCUGAGAUGCUGUAACAUUACUUCUCACAUGUAGGAGAGGACUGAGUGUAGCUCGCAGUCUGUCCACUGCACAGGUUUCCUGAUAAGCUAAUGAAGUGAACUGAAGGUUUAUUGUGAUUUAUUUAUUGUUUCAGAGGAACUGGUACCAUUGGCUUGUUAGCUGUGAACUAUACAUGUAAGAAUCAGUGGAAUAUGAAGCCAUUAUGUGCAUCCUUUCUUUUAGCUGUGUUACACAUUCUAAUUAUUCCCACCAUGGAUGGAUGACUUGCAAGUGAUGAUUUCAUACCCCAUUGACUUGCAGUGGCACCGCUUUUAAAUGCAAAUGUUCUCUCCGACUCUGCGGCUUGGAAGAGUUUGGUCAGUUGUUAAUGUGACAGGCUGCUGAAACCUUGAACUUUCACUUCAGAACAAGGGUCUGAUGUUGCUACAACGCUGCUUGGGUUUCACUUGAAAGCUCUUUGCAUCACUUCUGCCUCCUAUUGUCUCAUAAAGCUGUUGUUUGUUUGUUAAGAUGCAUCCAUUCAGUAACUGCUACAUGACACCAGAACACUCACACAAGCAAUACAAACCCAACAGUGUGACUAUAGCUGUGGUCCACAGACAGAAAUCAUUCCUCUGUCAGUGGGAAUCCACAGAGAAGAAGAUGUGCUUGAUGUUUCUGCUCUAUGUGUACAGGUUCAGUGUAACUAAAGGUACUGUAUGUACAUGGACAUAAACUGCUCCCAUACA